AAGCAAGAUUCAUCUUGUAAGGGUUCUUCAUUGGUGGGCAGAAUCCAGUUAAUGAUCAGGUUUCCGGUAGUCAGAGAACUUGCCUUGUUGGUGCCCAGCAGCACAGUUUCUUGCUUUCUUGCCACGGCGUAGUGAAAGCCGGUCCACACCAGGAGCGGGAUUAUAAGUGAAAAACCGACGUCCCUUGGUGGCUUUUGUAGAAAUCCUUGGGAGGAAUGAGGUGGUGAAAGGUGGUCUGAUGCUGUGGUUUGCACCCUGACAUGGCUGACUUUCUUGCCACGCUUUGCCACACAGAUGUUGACAACCCAUUCCCAGUAUUGAUUAAUGGUGGCCUCAGCCACUGCUUCAAUCUGUUGGUCCUCAGCGUGUUACCACACAGCUUUCUCGCUUGUAUCAGUGCCUGUUACCUGGGUACUGCACGCUCCCGAUGGAGAGGCUCGGUGUGGUGUGGCUGGCGCUGCCGGAUCACAGCCUCAUUUCUGCUGGCUUUGCUCUUCCUGAUGGAUGUUUUGGUGGUUGUAGCGUGGACUCCAGACCUAGCCACCUUGUGGCUGGAGGUGCUAGCAGGCUUGGUGUCUGCCCUGGCCUGGUUGGUUCACGGAAUGGCAGCCGUAACCCUUAGCCGGCUGCCCCUUGGGUCACAGUGGGGCCCAGUGCCGCUUGGGUGCCUGCCUCUGCUCCCAAUCCCUACACUGAUCAUUACCCUGGUGUCUGACUGUCGUCUCGGGUAUCUCUCAUGGGACUGGGAUUCCCCGCCUCCAGCCAUAUUGAGAUCAGCACUGGUUUGCAUUGAGUUAUCUCUGCUCUUUAUCUACCUCCUGGCCUUCAUUAUCUCUUGCCUGAGAGCAGGGGAAUUGGUGGAAGGUGUCUCUGAGCGGGAACCGCUCCUGCCCAGAGCAGGCUACCCUGAGGGGAGGCCUGUGGAAGAGGACGGAGCAGGCUGCCUCUCCCGGCUAUUCUACCUCUGGCUGAACCCAAUGAUGGAGCGGGGCCGCAGUGGGGAACUGAGUCGGCCUUGUGAUGUUUGCCUCCUGCCACCAGCGCUGGAGAUUCGCCAGGUGGAGGAGCGUAUGGCCGAGUGUUGGCAGCGAUGCAGGGGAGCGAGCUGGGUGUCGGCGGGGCAGGGCGACCCAAGCAAGUCGUGGAGGGGAUUAGAGCAGCCCGAAGUGGCCCCCUCCCUAGUUGAGCAAGAGGAGUUGUGUCUCCUCUCUGUCUUUCACCGGGCAUUCGGCCGUCGUUACUACAUGCUGGGGCUGCUGAAGCUCAUGGCCAGCAUGCUGGGCUUCGUGGGGCCCCUCUUGCUCAGCUGCCUAGUGACCUACAUGGAGUCCGACAGCCAGCCUGUGAGCCUGGGGUUUGCUUACGCCCUCGGGCUGUGCCUCAGUACCCUGACGGCUGCCUUCCUCAGUAACCAGUUCUCCUACCAAGUGCUGAAGGUGAGCUUGGAGGCCCGGGCGGCCAUGGUUUGUGCUGUGUACCGGAAAGCACUGCGGGUCAAUGCCACCACCCUGUCCAGCUUCACCACGGGAGAGAUUGUCAACUUCAUGAGCACUGACACUGAGCGGCUGAUGAACUUCUUCCCCAGCUUCCACGAGCUGUGGAGCCUGCCCCUCACGUUCGCUGUCACCCUCUACCUCCUGCACCUGCAGGUGGGGGUGGCCUUCCUGGGGGGGCUGGGGGUGGCCAUCCUGCUGGUGCCCCUGAACAAGGUGAUCGCCAGCAAAAUCAUACAGAGCACAAGCGAUAUGUUACAGCACAAAGACGCCAGAGUGAAGCUGAUGACAGAGAUCCUGUUCGGGAUACGAGUGCUGAAGUUUUAUACCUGGGAGAAGCACUUCAUCUCGAUGGUUCAGAGUUGCCGGAAGAAGGAGCUGAGCUGCAUAAAGGUCAUCAAUUACCUGGACGCAGUUUGUGUCUACACCUGGGCCGCUCUUCCCGUCGUCAUCUCCAUCCUCACCUUCAUGACCUAUGUGCUGCUAGGCCACAAGCUUACUGCUCCCAAGGUGUUCACUACUCUGGCUCUGGUGGAAAUGCUGAUCAUGCCUCUGAACAACUUCCCCUGGAUACUAAAUGGAAUACUGGAGGCAAAAGUUUCUCUCGAGCGGAUCCAGCGAUUCUUGAAACUCUCGGAUCAGGAUCUAAGCAGCUAUUACACCACCAGCACAGAGCUUUCCGGUCCUGAGGAUAGUGGGUGCUGGGCUGUCAAGCUACAUGAUGCUACAUUCUCCUGGGUACACCAGCGUGCUAGUGCCAGUGACCUCAGUCAGCCUGACAGCAGCUCCUCUCAGGAGGGGAGCUUGGAGCUCUGCAACCUGAACCUCCGAGUCAAACAGGGGGCGCUUGUGGGUGUUCUUGGGAAGGUUGGCUGUGGCAAGAGCUCCCUGUUAGCAGCUAUCACUGGAGAAAUCAACAGGAAGGAUGGCACAGUGUCUGUCUCGGUGCUGGAGCGUGGCUUUGGCCUGACUACGCAGGAGGCCUGGAUCCAGCACAUGACCAUCCAGGACAACAUUCUUUUCGGCAAGGAAUUUGACGCUAAACGCUACCAUGACGUGAUCGAGGCAUGUGCUCUGUCCGAGGACCUGAACAUGUUACCAGCCGGUGACCAGACGGAGGUUGGGGAGAAUGGGAUAACCCUCAGUGGGGGGCAGAAAGCCCGUAUUGCCCUUGCUAGAGCCGUUUACAUGGACCAGGACCUGUAUCUCCUGGAUGACCCGUUGGCUGCGGUUGACUCUGAUGUUGCUGGUCAUCUCAUGGAGCAGUGCAUCAUGGGAAUUUUAAAGGACAAGACCAGAAUCCUUUGCACGCACCGGGCAGAAUUCCUGAACAAGGCCGACGUCCUGGUGCUGAUGGACAACGGCCGGAUCAUCCGAGCAGACACUCCAGCAGAAAUCCUGCCACUGGUCCAAGCAACCUCCAGUAUCCACAGCAAGGCUCCGAGUCAGCAACCUGCAGAAUCUGCAAUGAAGGGCAGUGCUAUUGUGGUGGAGGAGGAGGCCUAUGACAUUGUCUGCACGGACAGCGUCCAAGUGUCUGAGGAGGACAAGAAGGUGGGAGCGGUGACGCUGCGAGUGUACAGUGCUUACUGGCACGCAGUUGGCUGCUGCCUGGCAUUUUCCAUCCUCGUCUCUCUUCUACUGAUGCAAGCUUCCCGGAAUGUAUCCGACUGGUGGCUCUCCAACUGGAUCUCCAACCUGCAGCACCAAAGCAACAUGUCUGGCAAUGGCUCCUCCACCAGCAGCAGCACCUUUCCACACCUGCUGCUGUUCUAUUCUAACCUUUUCAUAUCCCCAGUCACAGUCGGAGGGAAUCUCUCAUCCCAAGUCAAGUUCUACCUCACAGUGUAUGGGUGCAUCGCAGCAUCCAACACGGUCUUCACUGCCCUGCGUGCCUUCCUGUUUGCAUACAGUGCUAUCCGGGCUGCCACCACCAUCCACAACAAGCUGCUGAAGCAAGUGCUGAAGGCCACAGUGACUUUCUUUGACAUGACCCCCGUGGGCCGCAUCGUGAACCGCUUCUCCUCGGACCUGUACUGCAUGGACGAUACGCUUCCCUUCAUCCUCAACAUAUUCCUGGCCAACCUGUUUGGGUUGCUGGGCACCGUGAUUGUAAUCAUCUACGGGCUGCCCUGGAUCGUGCUGAUGCUCCUGCCUCUGGCCGCAUUGUACUUCCACAUCCAGCGCUAUUACCGCUGCACCUCACGGGAACUAAAGCGGCUGAGCAGCCUGAGCCUCUCGUCCAUCUACACACAGUUCUCGGAGACGCUGACUGGCCUCAGCACCAUCCGGGCCUCGAGGGCCAUGGACAGAUUUGAGUGGGAGAACGCGAGCCGCCUGGAGACGAACCAGCGCUGCCUCUUCGCCUCCGGCACUGCCAUCCAGUGGCUGGACAUUCGCUUGCAGAUGGUUGGCGUUGCUGUGGUCACCGCCAUUGCUGCUAUUGCUGUCAUUGAACAUCAGAUGAAAGUCGGGGACCCCGGGCUUGUGGGGCUGGCCUUGUCCUAUGCACUGUCCAUCACAAAUGUGCUCUCUGGCCUCGUCUCUAACUUUACGCAGACAGAAAUGCAGAUGGUGAGCGUGGAGCGAAUAGAGGAGUAUUCAACAGAAAUCCCCACGGAGCCACAGCACAGUACCCUGCAGGUUCCUGACACUUGGCCUGCCCAGGGUUUGGUGGAGUUCCGGGACGUGGUGCUGAGGUACCGGCCAGGACUCCCUAGGGCACUCAACAGGGUUAAUUUCCAAAUCCGGGUCGGUGAGAGAGUGGGGAUCGUGGGCCGAACGGGAUCCGGGAAGUCCAGCAUGUUCCUUGCACUCUUCCGCAUGGUGGAACUCAGCGAGGGUCAGAUUCUUAUCGACGGCAUCGACACCAAAGCUGUCAGUCUGGAAGAACUUCGGUCCAGGCUCGCCAUCAUCCCACAGGAUGCCUUUCUGUUCAGCGGCUCAGUGCGUGAGAACCUGGACCCCUUGGGCCGGCACACUGAGCAGCAGCUCCUCCGCGUGCUGAAGCAGUGCCACCUGCUGCAACUGGUCAACAGAAUGGGUGGCCUAGGGGCAGAGCUGGGAGAGAAGGGCAGGAAUCUGUCCGCCGGACAGAAGCAGCUGGUCUGCCUGGCGCGGGCACUUCUCACUCAGGCUAAGGUACUGUGCAUUGACGAAGCCACCGCUAGCGUGGACCAGAGAACAGAUCAGCUGCUGCAGCAGACAAUACGGGAGGAAUUUGCAGAUAAAACUGUACUUACCAUUGCACACAGGUUGAACACAGUGAUGGAUUCAGACCGGGUUCUGGUGAUGCAGGCCGGAAGGGUGAAGGAGUUUGACUCUCCCUUGGUUCUCUCCCAAAAGCAGAACUCACACUUUUAUCAACUCCUACAUUGCUCUCAGGACUGAGAGAGAGAUCAGGGGCCACCAAGAGGUAACUGGUGUCUAAGACUGUCUGUUCCAGUGCACUCCCCCCCCCCCCACCUGGACAUACGUCAGCUCCCCCUUAACCACCCUGCAUCUUUGAGCUGUUUGGGUGUAACAGACAAAUGGUGCGGAUGGCUGUUUCUCCAUUGUGUGAUGUAAGGUUUGCUUAUUCUCUCAGGCUGAACACACAUUGAUGGAAACGGUGAUGGUUAAUUCUUUCUGAACCUUUUCCUUUAAUUAUUGUACUGUACGUACUUUCAGAAAUAUUUUCAGCUGCUUUUAUUAAUGGUGAAAGGAAUUAUUUUUUAAUUGUGGUUUGGAUUCUCUUUGGCUCAGUGUUUAAUGAAGGAUACAAUAGGUGUUUAUUGGAUAGGAUGAGAGGGUGGGAUAACAACUUUAUAUUGAUACGGCACCGUUAAGGUUGCAGGCAAUUGUCAAGUGUCGUAACCGCUGAAUGUGAUGCACGUUUGCGAAUGUUGUUGCAAUAAGAUGAAUGAUUUCAACGCCUUGAGAUGUGAAAGGUGCUAUACAAAU